AUGUUAGAUCUCCCUGAACAGAGUGGAAAAACAGAGGUUAGGGAGGUACACAUGAUCGAACUAAAAGAUUUGACAUUUUUUACAUUGUAUAAUUUUUGGGGUUUCGGAUCUCACCUCGCUGGAGGAGAUGAAGUGGGGAUGGAGUUAUGGUUGGAGGCUGAAGAGGUUGAUCUUGUUAUCCAAGUUGAUAAUGUAAAUAUUCCAGAGGUUGAUGAGUUUAAUCCUAAUGCCCAAGUUGAUAAUUUUAAUGUUCAGGAGGUUGCUCUUGUUAUCCAAGUUCAGCAGGUAAGUGUUAGGCCAAUUUCAGAGAUUUUGAAGAGGAUAAGGAGAAGAAAGUCAGAGAGAAUAUUGAAGCUGAAAUUAGGCAAAACAAUUGGUGGUGUUGAUGAUCCAGGAAAUUCGAAGGGAAAAACUCUUGUAAUUGAUUAG